AUGUUUGAAGUGGUUUCACUUCAUGGUCAUGUAACAGGACAAGUUCUGUAUGAUGCAUUAGAUGUUAAUGUUUUUGCAUUUGCUGACAAAAAUAAAUUAGCCUCAAUAUGUUCGGAUGGAGCAAAGUGUGUAAAUGUGUUCUUCUCUCCCUACUCAACUUUCCAUGCUUUACUUUUGGCCUAUUUUGGUGCCAAUGGCAAUACGGAAAAGGAAUUGGUGCAGGCUUUACGUCUGCAAUGGGCCAAGAAUAAGAAACACAUUAACAAUGCUUAUCGCUUGGAAAAACAAACACGUUUCACUAGAGCCAAAAACUCCUCGGUAGAAUUUGCCUCAGCCGAUAAAAUUUACUUUGACAAGAGUAUUAAUGUAUCACCCUGUCUCAGUGAGAAUUUCCCCGAUGAAUUGGAAUUGGACUUUAGAAAUAAUGCUGAAGCCAGCCGAAUGAGCAUCAAUCAUUGGAUUGCCGAAAUUACACGCAAUGAAAUCCCGGAAAUGUUAAAUCCUGGUGAUGUUACCACCGAAAGUGAAAUGGUCUUGGCUAAUGCUGCCUACUUUAAGGGCCAAUGGUCGGAUAAGUUUGAUCCUAAAGAUACCAAACAGGAAAUUUUCUAUACCUCUCCCAGUCAACAUUCAUUUGUGCCCAUGAUGCACAAACGUGGCACCUUCAAUUUGGCCAUUGAUGAACAAAUUGGUGCUCAUGUCUUGCAAAUGCCCUAUAUGACUUCUAAUGACGAGAACAAGGACUCUGAUAUAUCCAUGGUCAUUAUAUUGCCUCCCUUCCAAUCGGGUUUGGAUGAGGUUUUGUCAAAAUUGAAACCAGACACUUUGGAAAAUGCUUUAAAGGACAGUAUGCCGAGAGAAAUUGAUAUUUCGUUGCCUAAGUUUAAGUUUGAACAAAAUUUGGAAUUGGUACCGAUACUCCGCAAAUUGGGCAUUAACUCUUUGUUCGAGCAUAAUGCCGAUUUAUCCGGUUUCUCCGCUGAAUCCCAAUUGAAAGUAGGUGAUGCCAAACAUGUAGCCAAAAUCAAGGUGGACGAAGAGGGUAGUACAGCUGCUGCCGCCACAGUGUUAUUCAGUUUCCGAUCUGCUCGUCCCGUUGAACCCACCAAAUUCGAGUGCAAUCAUCCAUUUUUGUUCCUAAUCUAUGAUCAUACCUCUAAGGCUGUACUAUUCACCGGUAUCUAUCGGGAUCCCAAGACACAAAAGUAAAUUGCUUCAAGUGUCUGGCUGUGUGUGUAUGUGUGUAGAGUAGGAAGUAAAUUAUUAUUGUUAUUUAAUCGCAACCACUUUUCUUCUGUAAUUCUCUACUAAUUAUUCUAUACUUUUUAUACGAAACUAAAAAAUUUAAAUAUUGCAACUAAAUACUAUACUUUAUUAAUUUAAAAUAAAAAAUACGUGAUUCAUUUAUUUGAGUUCUUUCUUUUUUUUAUAAUUAUUAUUACUAUUUUAUUAAUUUUAUGCUGUUUUUGUUUUAUGUAUAUUUUUUAUUUAAUUAUUAAUUUGUAUGAGUAUUUUAUAAGUUUUUUUUUUGGAAAAUAAAUUAUAAACAAUAUGAUGACCAUUAAAAGCUUU